AGUUUUGAAAUUUUUUCAUUUCUUGUCGAAGUUUUCUGCCGAAAACUGACGUUUUCUAACGAUUUUAAAUAAUUUAAUUAAUUAAAAUAGUUAAAUUAAUAUUAAAAACUGUUAAUGGUGGCGUAGUAUGAUGCCAGGAAGAGUUCCCUGUGUACCGACUGAAAAUCCUUUGAGUAUAUCAUGGCACGACAGCGCUUGGGUGCCGAUGGUGAAUUCUUCCAACGUUCUGGAUUACUUUAGCGAAAGAAGCAAUCCAUUCUACGAUCGGACGUGUAAUAACGAAACGCUGAAAAUGCAACGGUUGAGUCCAGAUCAGCUGGUGAAUAUGACCGGAUUAGAGUAUACUCUGUUGCACGUCCAGGAGCCGAUAUUAUACGUAAUUCGUAAACAACAUCGAACAUCUCCUACUCAAAGUGUGCCUGUAGCAGAUUACUAUAUUAUCGCCGGAACCGUAUAUCAAGCUCCUGAUCUUAUAUCCGUUGUGAACUCUAGAUUGCUCACAACUGUAUCCCACUUACAAUCGGCGUUCGACGAUUUGUUCGGUAUUACUAAAUACCAGCCAUCGAAAGGGUACUCGUGGGAUGUAAAGACUCCACCCAAUGCUCAAGGUACCGUCGUUAAAAAAGAUAUCAAAGAAGAACCUAGCUCUAAUUUCCAACGCCAAAGAGUAGAUAUGCUAUUGAUGGAAUUGACUCGUCGGUUUCCUCCUCCUGUCGUAAGACCUCCUGCUAUGGAAAUUGCUGAAAACAAUGUGGUGGUGGAAAAUCCGCCAGUACCGAAACAAGAGCCAGCUAGUACAAGUCAGAGUGGUAGGACUGAAAUUAAGCAAGAAUCGAGGGAUGAACCUAGACCGGAACAACCUGUUACAUCUCCUUCGAUGAAACCUCCUCCGGAAAAGAAACCUAGACUUACGUGAUCGAAUACCCUAAACUUAGAAAACGUUACCUUGGCAACGUGUUUAUUUAAUCAAUUUGUGUUUUAGUUUUAAGUUUUUUUUUUUUUUUAAUUUUUGUAAAAAUUUUGUAAAUUAAUUAAUUCUGAUAGUUCUAAAACUCGUUGCCGGCGUUAUGGAUAUCGCUAGAGUUA